CCAUCACAGCCCACAACACCGAGGCAAGAAGAAAAACAGCUCGUCGCACACGGCGGCAGCCAAUCAGCGGGCUGGUUUCUCUUCAGCAUCUCGGAGGGACUGAACCGUCGGGCAGACUUCAGCUCAGGCAGCAGGGAGGAAAGAGACUUCGAGACUCCACGACGCGCAAUUAUGGUUUUGUGAUCUUGAAGAGAAGGUGGAGGAUUACAUCACCAGCACAAAGAGAAAACACAAGUCAGCUAAUCCAAGCACUGCACAGAAGGAACCAAUUUCCCGCACAAGCAUGGCAGACCAGAAAGACAACAUAGAUGACUUUAAAGUCCAGACAGCCAAGCACCCCAACAUGGGCUCCGUCCCUUUACGGCCGCACAGUGAACAGUCUAAAGACCGGUUGUCCAAGAGGCUUUCAACGGAGUCCAAUGGGACCAGUGAUGGAGGUCAGGGCUCGUCCACGCCGGUGGAGUUAACUGCUUUGGAGGAGUCGUUUCGCCGCUUCGCCAUCCAUGGUGACACUCGCGCUACAGGCAAGGACAUGCAUGGCAAGAACUGGUCCAAGCUCUGCAAGGACUGCGGCGUGAUCGACGGCAAGAACAUCACCCUCACUGACGUGGACAUUGUCUUCAGCAAAGUCAAGAAGAAAUCCUGUCGCACUAUCACAUAUGACGAGUUUAAGACAGCACUCGGAGAGCUGGCCAGGAAGAAAUAUAAAGACAAGACUGGGGAGGAGGCUGAGGCAGAGGUCUUUAAGCUGAUUGAGGGGAAGACACCCAUCAUUGCAGGAGUCACGAGAGCUGUGGCAUCCCCAACAGUGAGCCGUCUUACGGACACCACCAAGUUUACAGGGUCACACAAGGAGCGUUUUGACGACACCGGCCGCGGGAAGGGUAAGGCGGGACGAGUGGACAUGGUUGACACUUCAGGAUACGUCUCGGGGUACAAACAUCGAGGGACAUACGAAAAGAAAGUAAAUAGACCCACCGUCGCCAAACCCAUGUGAGGGCAAGGAAAUAAACAUUUGAUCAACCACUAGGAUAAUUUUCUAUUAAAAGAGUACUCAAAGAAAGCACAAAAGAAUAGAAUUUCAUAUAUUUUCCCACCCAUCUAUUUUGUGUGUGUGUUUAUGUGUGCGAGAGAGAGAUGUUUUUUGAGUUCCUCUCUUUGAGAAGUGUGAGAACUGGAAAACUGUUUACAUGUAUUUUUACAAAGUCAUCACCAGCUGGUACAUUCCUGUCUGAUCGCAAGUUACUGCCAAACACUGAAGAGAACAAAUGAGAGAAACUGCGAUGCUAUGAAUAUAAAAGCUUUGUUGCUAUGAUAGGGCCUUAUAAUAUUUAUUGAGCACAAUGAACACGAUGCCAAGAAAAACAAAAGUAGGACAACAGUUUGAUGAAUUAACAACAAUGCACUUUUAAUGGAGAUUCCUCUAUUCCCAUAUUUAGCUGUAGAGAUGCAAUUUUAAUUUGCUUUGCAGAGUUUCAGAGAGAAUUGGCACAUUGUUGACAGAUACUAUCAAUGUCUAUUUCUUUUGAAAACUUAAAUUGUUCCAUCUUCAGUGUUGUUUGUCUGCCAUCCCCACUCGUCAGUUGUUUUUAACGAAAUAUUUCACUCCCCAAAUGAUCGUUUUUAUCUUAAUUACUCACCCCAUGUUUCACUGACUUUGGGAAGAAAACCUUUCACACAUGCCUCCACGUUGACCUUAAUAUUUAAAUGUCCAGUGUGUUGGAUUAAGAGGAAUCUAGUUGUCAUGUUCCAAAACUAAAGCUUCUUCUCUGUGCCAAGUGUGUAGGAGAACUACAGUAACUACGUGUAUAUGCAAUUGUCCCUAUCCAGAGCCAAUAUUUGUUUGUCCAUUCUGGGCUACUGUAGAACAACAUGGCGUACUCUGUGAAAGAAGACCCACUCCGUAUGUAGAUAUAAACAGCUCAUUCUAAGGUAACUAAAGCAACUAUUCUUAUUUUCAAGUAAAUAUAAACUAAAGAAAACAUAGUUCUGAAUACUGUAUACCAUUUCUACCAAAAAAGAAAUGCCCCUAAAUCCUAAAACACUGGAUCCCUUUAAUCAUGUGUAUAAAUAGUCUUACGCGUGGACAAGUAGUUUGCUGUUGUGUUUCAAAUAGUAAAGUUUUGGCAAAAAUGCAGGUUUUUGGGAAGUACUGAGCAUACGGCUGGA